GGCAACAGAAACCCCUUGGUCCCCAUUGACUUGCAUGGUUUUCUUCAAUUCGAUUUUAUAUUAUUGAUAUAGCGCUUUUCAAAAUGUGCAUUGUUCCAAAGAAGCAUUAUAGGAGAAAAUAAGAAAAACAGAAAAGCACAGAAAAGGUAUAAACAAAGCUCAUGGUGUUAAUAGAACAAGCAAGAUCAUUCUAAUAAAUAAUAAAUAAUAUCUAAUAAAAGCAGUAUCCUGGUGAGGAAGACAACAAAGCCCUGUGGCAAGAAACCCAAACUCCAAUGAUAAUUAAAUGGAGAAAAAACCUUGGGAGAAACCAGUCUCAGUCGGGGGGGGGGGGCAAGGUCCCCUCUGACGUGUCAAAGCUGACUUUGAUGAGUAAAUGUUUAUGAAAUAAGAGAGAGCUUAGUAGUUGUGAUUCUCAUUUAUUGCCACUGUAAAGGUCUAAUUUUGUCUUAUUUUGUGAUCGAUAUCAUUUUGUGUCCAUACAAUAAAAGUCAAUGGAGGUCAAUGGAGACCAACAGACCAACAUUUUUCAAAAUAUCUUCUUUUGUGUUUUGUAGAAGACAAUCACACAGGUUAAAAUAACAACAUGGGCUGCUGGGAUGUAAUCGUUUUCACGGGGCUGUGGUGAACUACAGUUCUAUGCUGCUGGAGGAUGGCUUGGGAUUUCUGUAUGUUGGGGCCACAGAAGCCAUUUAUAAAAUGGACGCCACUAAUAUUUCACGCAAUAGCACACUUUCUUUGGAAUGGGCGGCGUCUGCUGAACAGAAGAGACAGUGUCUGAGCAAAGGGAGGAACAAUCAGACCGAAUGUUACAAUCAUGUGCGUUUCCUGGACCGAUACAAUGACACUCACCUGUACACAUGUGGAACUCACGCCUUCAGACCUCGCUGCGCAUAUAUAGACGUGGCACAAUUCGCAUUUGUACGUUUUGAGGAGGGAAAAGAGAAAUGUCCUUAUGAUCCUACAAAAGGCUACACUGGAUUUAUAAUUGACGGUGAGAUGUAUUCUGCCUCCCAGUAUGAGUUUCGUAGCAUCGCUGAUAUCAGACGCAACUUUCCUUUUCCCAACUUAAGAACAGAUGAUUCCCCAUCAAGAUUGCUGCUGGAGGCGGAUUUUGUUGGCUCAGCGUUUUUGAGAGAGAGCGUCAACAGCUCUAUCGGGGAUGAUGACAAACUCUAUUUCUUCUUUACUGAGAGGAACGUGGAACCAACUGCUUACUCCAGCCAGACCAGAGUGGCCCGGGUGGCCCGUGUUUGUAAGAGUGAUAUUGGAGGUCAAAGGACUCUACAGAGGAAAUGGACGUCCUUUUUGAAGGCCAGGCUGGUGUGUUCCAUUCCUGAAUAUGAGCUUCAGCUAAACGUCCUACGCAGCCUUCAUGUCAUCAAGGGGGCCGAUGUACAGGACACCAUCUUUUAUGGCAUUUUCGGACUUGAAUGGAGAAAUGUUAAAAUGUCUGCAGUGUGUCAGUAUUCCCUCAGAGAUGUCCAGACAGCUUUUGACGGACCUUACAUGGAGCUACAGGACUCUAAAUGGAGAGAAUACACUGGGAAAGUUCCAGAUCCAAGACCUGGUUCGUGUAUAACCGACCAGCAUCGAGCUCUGCUCAUAAAUUCCUCAAGGGAUCUUCCUGACAACGUAUUGAAUUUUGCUCGAAGAUACCCUUUAAUGGCCAUUCAAAUCCAGCCGGUUGGAGGACGACCCCUUCUGUUCCAGAGGAGUUUGGAUUACACCAAAAUGACCGCACAUCAGGUGACUGGUUUGGAUGGACGCGUCUAUGACAUGCUCUUCAUUGGAACAGAUGAUGGCUGGUUACACAGGGCUGUAAAUAUCAGAGGCCGUAUGCACAUUAUUGAGGAGAUGCAGCUGUUCGGGGAGAAACAACCAAUCAACAACCUGGUUAUAUCACAAAAACAGGAAAGCAUCUACGUAAGCGGCAAUUCUGGAGUGGUGCAGGUACCGCUGUCAUCCUGCGAGCGGUACACUUCCUGUUAUGACUGCUUGUUUGCACGAGACCCACUCUGUGCUUGGGAUGGAAAACUAUGUGUUGAGAUAUCAUCCUACCCUAACAGGUCCAGCCUUAUCCAGGACGUACAGAUGGGAAGCAGAGGCUGUACAAAUAUGACAAGCGAUGGUUUCGUCUCACACCGCACACGUGUGGUUAUGGCAGGAGAUGAUGUUCUCUUGCAGUGUGAGAUUCAUUCCAACCUGGCCUCUCCUCAUUGGACACUGAACGGUCAGCAGCUACAAGGAUAUGCUGUGAAUUUUGGCUUCCGCACUGGUAACGACGGCCUCCUCAUCAUCGGUGCCCAGAUUCAGCAUAGCGGACACUACCGCUGCUACGCAGUAGAAAACAAAGUCUGGGUUCCUGUUCGCAGCUACGUGGUGAGAGUCCAACCCGUGUCACCCCCUUUAUCACAUUCAUCUCCCAACCCAACGGCUCUUCCCGAAAGUUUCUUCACCACUGCAACUGCACCGACUCCGAGUCCUUCCGGCGGUCCCGUUGAGCAGCUCCUAUCCCCCCCACCUGCCCCACUCCCCUCCGGACCAGAAUUUCAGACCUUCAGGCACAUGGAAGCUAUGUACAUCUCUCUGGUGGCUGUUCUCGGUGGGCUUUGUCUAGUUCUGACAGUGGUCCUGCUAUAUGUCAGCUUCUGCGCCAGGAGCGUUCCAAAUGUCAGAAAGUACUCCCGCCAGGAGUUUUCUGUUACCAUGGCAACCGAAAGAAAAAGGAGCUCGCACUUCGAGCUCAAGACAAUUUCUAGUCAUUGCAAUGGGAGAAUAGAGGGGCGGAGUAGAGCCGCGUCACAAGAUGGGGAGUUUCUACAGAUCAUUUCGGCAGACGUCCAGUCUUCGCCGUGUAAAGAUCCUCCGCCCGCGCCACCUCUCCCGAUGCCUCCACCCCUGCCGUCCACAGAGUAUGCCAACGGACUGUCGGCCACGCUGCCCAGCAUGCUGAGAAAAAUAAACGGGAACAGCUACAUGCUCCUGACUCAGACUGACUCGGGGAUGACGUCACCGCUGUACCACUCAUUCACAGAGGAGCUCAACAAGAUCCUCGAAAAAAGGAAGCAUACACAGGACAUCCAACCAGAUGAGAGCUCAGUGUAGACCCAUCUCACGACAUAACUGUAUCGCCCCCUUGUGGUGGGAAGUUUAACUUCGUUUAAAGAAUCACCAUUCCUACACAGUGAGGUUUGUGUUUUGGGAGGUUCUUCGUUGUAUCCCUGCGAGCAUCUAAAGCUUACUGAGAACAGUCAGAUUUGGAAUCGUCUCCUGUUUAUAAUAUUAUUCAUCAAAGACAAAUGCAUUUCUGGCCUACAGACUGACACAGAGCGAGGUACAGACUAGACUUCAUUCGUAGCUAUUGACUGGGGACUAUUAAAAAUGCAAGCUGUGCAAAGUUUGAAGACACGGCAGAAUAAUUUAAUGGUUGGUGUCUUUCGUUUUAAAGAUAUUUUGAAGAGUCAACGACUGCCCAAAGAUUGUGUAGACAAUGCAGAGCUUAUUUGUAUAAAAUCAAGGUUGUAUUGCUCAAUUCAAGAUACGUUUACAGAGAUUAUUUUGCAUAAUUGCACCUAAUGUAAAUAACAAUCAUUUUGAUAUCAAAGUUCAUGGAAAGAAUAACGUGGUUCUCAACUGGUGGGCCAUGAAUGACACGCACCUCAGUUUUAUAACUGCAUUCAAGUAAUCCUAUACUCUCUCUUUUUCCACUGUGUAUCUGUUUAUAUAAACACUCACCUAAAGGAUUAUUAGGAACAAGAUACUAAUACUGUGUUUGACACCCUUUCGACUUCAGAACUGCCUUAAUUCUACGUGGCGUUGAUUCAACAAGGAGCUGAAAGCAUUCUUUAGAAAUGUUGGCCCAUAUUGAUAGGAUAGCAUCUUGCAGUUGAUGGAGAUUUGUGGGAUGCACGAAGCUCCCGUUCAAACACAUCCCAAAGAUGCUCUAUUGGGUUGAGAUCUGGUGACUGUGGGGGCCAUUUUAGUACAGUGAACUCUUUGUCAUGUUCAAGAAACCAAUUUGAAAUGACUCGAGCUUUGUGACAUGGUGCAUUAUCCUGCUGGAAGUAGCCAUCAGAGGAUGGGAACAUGGUGGUCAUAAAGGUAUGGACAUGGUGAAUGCUCAGGUAGGCCGUGGCAUUUAAACGAUGCCCAAUUGGCACAAAGGGGCCUAAAGUGUGCCAAGAAAACAUUCCCCACACCAUUACCCCACCACCAUAAUUGCAUUAAUAAGAAAUUGAACAGGUGUUCUUAAUAAUCCUUUAGGUGAGUGUAUAUAUAUAUAUAUAUAUAUAUAUAUAUAUACACAAAUCAAAAUUUUAGGAUCACUUGUAUGCUAAAUGUAUUUUUGUAGACUGAAAUAUAAUUAUACAAACAUAAUGCGGUGGUUUCCCAGACAGGGAUUAUUUUAAACCAGGACUAGGUCCAAGUUAAAUUAGGACAAUGAAGUUGUUUUUUACAAAUAUGUUUUACAAAAAAUAUUAUGUACAUUUUGAGAAACCACUAUGGCACCGAUGCUGGACCGCUGAAAAAAUGUAUUUAAGUCUAGUAAUAGUAUAAUCCCUGUUCGGAAAACUGCCCCUAAUAAUUUAUUUCAUUUGAAAACUAACAUUUUAUUGAUAAAAAAGUUUGGGAAUUGCAUAAUUUGGACUAAAUAAACCAAUAGGAGCCCAGCAUAGAUGGGAGAUUUCUAUUUUUCACAUACUGUAUUUGGCAGAUGCCAAAAUGGAUAUAAAAUACUUACAAAUUAUUAUAAAUUUUCUAUUAAGAACAUUAACCUAUAAAAACCAUUUAACUGUUAAAAUAACCAAUUUUCACGUUUUCUUCAAUAAAUGAUGUUGGGUCACCAUUUCAUGUGCAAUAUUUGAUCUUGUUCUUACGGCAAAACUGGUUGAGAACCACUGAAAUGCCACAAGUAUGUAAAACACUGUUUAACUCAUACAUGCAUUAAGAUUUAUUAAGAUUCAGCACAAGUUUCAUUGACAUCUACAAACAGAUGGUCAUUUUGUGCUGCAUAAAUAUGUGCCCUUUUCAAGAUGCCUCGUGUUUCUUUCCAGCGAUGUGUCAACUGGAUAUCGGAGUUGAAGAAUUACUUGUGCUUCUUCUUUCUAAUAAUGUCUUAAUGCAGCUUGACUUUGAAUACAUAGAUUUUUUAAUUAAAAAGAUGCCAACAAAGAAAAGUGCCAUCUAAAAUGCAAGAAUCAUUCCAUUACUUGCAUAAGAGGGAGUUUUGAUGCAAUCACAACAUUUCAAUCACAACAGCUUUAGUUCUUUUCCUGCAAUAAAAUGCAUGACAAUUUGCCUGACUUUAAAACAGCACUCAUAUAUGUAUUUUUAUGUAUAUGGUUGCAUGUUUGAAUUCUGUAGUGUGUGUUGUGAUUGGCACUGGUUAAACAGUGUUAAGCAAGGAUGAUGCCCAAAUGUUGAGUCAGCACAUGUCUCUCCCCGGUGGGUUUUCGAGCUCAUGCUGGUCUAUUUAUCAGCACUGACAGGAAAAGCAGUGCCUGGCGAGAUCGAGAGGGCUGCGAUGGCUUAACACAGCUGAGUUUAGAAAGAGACACAUAAUCUGCUGUGGUUGGCCAGUGAGCGUUGACGCUAACACAGCUGCUGUCAUACUGACUCAUUACAGUCCACUCAGUUUAAUACUUUUCUGUUAUUUUUCAUUUCUGUAGUUUAGGAAUUCAUUUUUCCACACAUUUGUGAUUGUAUCGAUCUCCGUUUAUCGUUCUAUAUACCUAGUCGGUGCCUGUCAAAAAAGCAUUGGGGUUAAAUUAUAAAACUUCAUUGAAAUCAACAGGAAAUGCUGUUAGCAACAUGAAAUUCAACAAGAAAUAUAUAGAUUAUUAUGGAGAUAGAAGAAUUAUGAAGAUAAACAUUUUGUUCUUUGGAGCAACAUGCACUGAUGAGUCAUUUGUAAAACAACCAGGAACAUGUUUUAGGAAAGUUAGUAGGAUACGUUUAAAUUUCUUAUUGACUAAGUGUAGUAUGUCUACUAGUUCUGUUCAUAAACUGUGACUCAUAAAUGUUUAGAUAUUAGUAUGGCUUUUAUUGUUUGUGAAUAUACACUGCCUUCCCUGUAAUCUCACAGAACCUUUUGCACUUUUUUGCCAUUUUCCCCCAAAGUUUUUGCUAUGCUAUGUAACUCACAGGGUAUAACCUAUUGUACCUAUUGUUGAUAUUUUCAAGUGUACAUUUACUGAACAAUAUUUGAAGUUUACAACCUAUUAAAGUAUUUAUUGUUGUUA